UAACAGUGAGCGGAGUUGAACAGUGUUGUGGUGGACAUGUCUGCGGUUGUUAACGUAGCAAACAGCCUAGAGGGGGUUCCUCGAAGUUAAAAUCUGUGCUGUGCCAAAUCGAGUGUUUUGUUGUUGAAAACGAGCCAGUAGUAACUCUAUUAUCCGUCUCCAAGAUUAUCUGCCUGCCAGGACUAACGAUAGGCUGCCGUCAUAGGAAGAUUAGAUGGGUGAAAAGAGAGAAAGGGAGAACACCACGUCAACAACAACAAAACAAGAGAUGGAGGUGUCUGCGUGAUGCAGCAGAUGAGGAGACCAUCCCCACCAAAGAUGUCAAAAUGCUGCAUUUGACAGGCUCAAAAACAUCUCGACUCAUAUCUUGGACAGCUUGCAUUCAUCGCAGAUAUAUAUUUUCAUCAAGGACAGUGUCUCUUGACAGAGGAGCUAACCGGAGUGAAGAGUGCAUACAUCUAAAGAACACUUAUGGGGAAAAAAACCCGCUGCUAACUAUGUGCAUGGACCAUUUGUGACUCACUGAUGUUUGCUUUUAUACCUCCACAAGUAUUUUUAUACUGAAGUAUGUAGGAGCUGGAUAUUAACCAAACAGAUCUCUGUCUCCAUCAAGUACCUGGAUCUGUAAGGAAAUUCAGCCAAAAGACAGGUGUGGAAUAGAUUGUGAAGCUUGGUAGUGAGCAGGAUCAACCCUUGAAGAUGCUCCAGACUGGCAACUACUCACUGGUGCUGCUGAUCCAGCUGGCACUGUUGGCCUAUGACCUCUUUGUCAACUCUUUCAGUGAACUUCUGAGAGGAGCGCCUGUCAUCCAACUUGUGCUUUUCAUCAUCCAGGACAUUGCCAUCUUGUUCAACGUGAUCAUUAUUCUCCUGAUGAUGUUCAACACCUACGUGUUCCAGGUCGGCCUGGUGUCUCUGCUGCUGGAGAGAUUCAGGGCUCUGUUGGUAUUCGCUCCUCUUUACCUGACCCUCAGCAUCUGUUUCCACUGCUGGGUGUUGAACCUACGAUGGCUUGAUUCAAACCGUUUUGUUUGGACGGAUGGCCUACAAGCUCUGUUUGUUUUCCAAAGAACAGCGGCUGUGUUGUAUUACUACUUGUACAAGCGUACAGCGGAGUAUAUGGGAGACCCAAGGUUGUAUGAGGACUCUUUAUGGCUGCGCGAUGCCUUUGCCAGAGCUCGUCAGUGAAGAUGAGACAGUUCCGAGAGGGACUUAAAAGGAUCUGAGAAGAAAUUCCCAUCUGACACAACUACUAACACUGGCCAUCAUCAUCAGCUACUCUGAAUUUUGGAUUAAUUUAGCAGUUUUACUUCAAAAUGUAUUUUAAAACUCACUGGAGCACAACUGUGUGAUGCACCGUCUCGUUGUCAAGGGUAUUUUUUUUUUUUACUGAUUUGACACUUGGAAACUGUUGGACUAUCAAGCAUUUUAUAUAAAUAUAUAU